AUGACAGUGUCCAACAAAAUCACAAUACUUAGAACAGUGCAACAAGUACGGCAAUGGAGGGCACAGUCGUUCCUCAACGGACAGACUGUCGGGUUUGUCCCCACGAUGGGCGCACUUCACGCUGGUCAUUGUUCCCUUGUAUCACAAUCUUUAACAGAAAACGACAAAACUAUAGUGUCGAUCUUUGUCAACCCUUCGCAGUUUGCACCACACGAAGACUUGGAAGCAUACCCAAGAACUCUUGAUCGAGAUUUAGAGAUCUUGGAGCUGCAAUUUCGUGAAAAACACGUUGAUGCCGUCUUUGUACCCAAGAUCUCCGAGAUGUACCCUAAUGGUAUCGUGCUUGACGUAAGCAAACAAAAGGGCGCAUUUGUUACGGUUCAUGGAUCUAGUGAACAGUUGGAAGGUGUCACUAGACCGCAGUUUUUCAGAGGUGUUGCAACCGUGGUUACCAAAUUGUUGAACAUUGUACAACCCACUAGAAUAUAUUUUGGACAAAAAGACGCUCAGCAAUGUGUAGUGAUCAAAAACUUGGUGAGAGAUUUGAUUAUAGACACAGAGGUUAGAGUGAUGCCAACAAUGAGAGAAAGCAACGGAUUAGCCAUGUCCUCGAGAAAUGAAUACCUCAGUCAGGAGAUGAAGGAUCGAAGCUCAGUCAUAUACAAAGCAUUGAAAGCAGGAUCAGCAUUCUAUAACGAAAAUGUUGCAAAAGAAGACAAGGUAUCUGCAAGUGAGUUGAUAUCCACAAUCAAAAAAGUUAUUGAAAAAGAGAAGGCAUUUGAAAUUGAGUAUAUUGCAGUCAGCCAUCCAGACUCAUUGGAAGAUUUGGAAUAUGUUGAACUAGGAACUGGAGCAGUAGUAUCAUGUGCUGUUAAGGUACCAAAGGAAAAUAGCACUGAAAAAGCCCGGUUAAUUGACAAUAUCAUUCUUGACUAG